AUGGAGGUCUCUGAACUUGUAGAGACUACCAAACUCGCCUCUUUGUGUGAUGUUCCGGUAGACCAAGGCAAAGGCAAAGGGCCUGCUCGCCCCACUUCAUUAAAAAGGGAAGGAAAUAACCCUGAUGGAUGGACGAAGCCUCGCAGAUCUGUACAGUUUCCCAGUGAUGACAAUCUUGUGUUUAUCAAAGAAAUCCCACCUCGAGGAUUUUUUGGUUCAGACGUGUCAGAAUCAGACGAUAGUGAAGGAGAUGAUAAUGAAUCUGAAGAAGAAGAGUCUGGAAAUGACGAUGAUGAAGAUGAUGACGAAGACUCAGAUGUUCCUGAAAACAAACCAGGUCGCGCCAAUCCUAAGGCAAAAGUUAUUCCAGGCACUCAACGUUCAUAUAUUUGGCCUCGUGUGGAACCCAAUAAACCUACGCCAGCUCCUAUCAAAAGUCCGAUACAGUUGAAUGAGAAAUCGGGUAAAAAGUCUGUUUCGGCGAAAAGACCACGUCUGCUUUCUCGAAGUCAAAGACGGGGAAAUCGAAUGGAAAAUGGAUCAAGGGCUUCGAAUAAGUUCAGGAAAAAUCACAUUAAUUCACCAACAGUUAUGAAGCCAACAAUUAGUAGCAAAACCAAACAGACGACAAGAAAUCAGAAUGUGAAGCCGACAGCACUUGGCAAACAAUCAAAUUCACCGAAAUAUCCAGCAAAAAUAACCAUAGAUUCGCCAAUACCUGUUACAAACGAAACUCGAUCUAGUGACGAUAAUAAUGUACUAUAUAACUAUUAUGUUUCUGGUAAAAUGUGUCAAGUAAAGGGUUUUAUAUUUCCUUUGGAUCAUAAUGAAUCAACUAUAGACUAUCUACCGAGUGUCAGUGGCAUGGACUUUAAACCUUUCUCGCGACAUAGAAGACACAAUGCAUGGCAACUGGCCAAUGGCACCUUAGAUAGCACAUUGUUUCAUACACCGAGCAUCGCACCAAUGUGGGAAAAUAUACAGACUGUAUCAAUAGCCAAAUUAAAAUCACGGAAACAUGAUUCAUGA